AUGAUUAAAAUUGGUCGCCGUCUGCCUCCCAGAUCCAACACGAAUCCCCGUCCCCCUAAGCGACAGAAAACGACACCUGCCCAUCCUUCUCCCUCCCUUGCCCCCGUCGUCAACGACAUCCCAUCAUCACCACCACCUUCGCCGACGAAGCCCGCCAAAUCGCCAAAACCUUCUCCUCCUUCCUUUACCGAGGUCGAUUCCCUGAGGAAACAGGCGGAGCCCUACCGCCUUGCCGUCGCUGAGCUACCCAUCCAUCUCCUCGACUCCUCCUGGUCUCGCGGCAGUAACAGGCCCCUCGACCGUAACCAUGUCGCCCAUCUUUGUCGCUCUUUCCAGAAUGGUGGUCUUGCACGUCGAUCUGAGCAGCACUACAUCCAAGUCUCCUGCAGUGCCGCCGCCAUUGAAAAGAUGAUCAUCAACGCCCUCCCAGAUACUGAUCCGAGCCAUAUCCAGGACCGAUGUCAGCAUGUGUUAUCGUUCAGAAACUGGGCCGAUUUCAUUGAUGAGAGGCCCGAGCUCAUGGCUGGCCAGCAUCGCAUCGAGGCCUUGAAAGACUACGUGAAACAGACGCAUUCUGACUCAAGCGACUUAUGGUGGAUUUGCGAGUUUUAUGAUAAAGACACUCUACCAGUCGAACUUGACAUCAAGCUUCGUGUCAAUCGCCGUGAUCUCACCCUGCCCGACACCCAUGGUCAAAUCUGGCUACAGCUCGUCUCGGCCUUUGAUCGGGAUCCCACUUUAUUUUCCGUCGAGAGAAAUGUCAACAAGAAGGGUAUCGAGAAAAGCAUGCUGGAUAUCUUGUGCCUGACAAGUGAAGCUCGCUUUCCCAUCAGCCGUCUCGUCACGCUGUGGCGAAGCGAGCGGUGGAGGCCUCGGGUUACCCGCUGGUGUCGAACCUCCCUGGGGAGAACCACAUUUAACAUUUCAAAAUGGUAUCAGAUCGCAGGGUACAGACUGGAUGAUUAUUGGUUCGAUAAGUUCUACCAGGUACUCGAGACUUUGAGGGCACUUCCUACCUCCACCUCUGAGACCAUUCAAAUCUCUGACUGGAAUGUGCUAGCCGGCAGUCUCAAAAGCGACACCUAUGAUGCUGCGGAUGUUCACCACGUUUUUUAUCCCAAGGGAGAAGGCAACAACAAGGACGACAGCAAGUCCAGCCCAUCGGCCGCUUCCACCAUUAAACCGGUCCCAAAGACAGCUCGGCGGAGUGGAUUUCUAAGCUCGCUCGACAAGGAAGCCUAUGACAGUCUUUGCCGCCAUCUCCAACAGAACCUCACUCUUCGCUUUCCGGAUGUGCAGCCCUUGUUGAAGAUCAAGAAGGAGGAAGGCGAGGUCAUGGCACAGGUCAUCGAUCAUGUAGUACGUUGGGUAAACACUGAACCCGCAGAUAUUGUCGAUACUCACGAGAAUAAUAAGCCCUUGCGACGACAGGACUUGAUACCUGCGAUCGAAGGUCUUAUGGUCACUACUCACGGGGACGAUUGGUGGGCUCAGCGGAGGGAAGACGGUGAUGUCGACGGCGUUGACGAUAUGGCAUCCUGGCUCGACCUGCGCUCACGAACGCUGGAAAGGCAGGUCCUCGACUACGUCCGCAGCCAUAUGACCGAGUUCAGGGAUCCCUCGACGAAGCACUAUCUCGACUUGAUGCCAGAGGAACAUGAUGAGCACUAUGCAGAACGCUUCAGUACCGGCGACCUCUGGACGGGCCUAUCUGACAUAGUCCAACACGCCCUUGGUUCUGCAUUUCGCCCGGUAUGGGAGAAUUCGAUCUCCGAACGCGUCGGCGCAGAUAACGCGGAUCAUCAACCGCGGUCCGAGAUGCGUCACAGACCACCGGCCUCAGCCAUCACACGAGCCAUAUGUAGUCAGUUGGGAAAGAUUCCCGAGGUGAAGGAGAAUCCCGCACUGAGAGGCGUAUACGCCUCGAACGAGCUUGGUGCCUACAUCGAUCAUGCUGUUCUCUCAUGGGCUUCGGAUCGAUGCCGCAAAGCAGUGGAAAACAACGAGUCUGAUGAAGGACAUCCUUGGUCGCGUGAAGCACUCCACGCGAUCCAGGUCGCGUAUCAGGGGUACGAGGGGAUCCUGGCAGGAAUGACAUCAGCAACUUCAAUUUCCGAACACGAUGAUCAGCGGCAGCAGCAGCGGCAGUUGCCAUCCUUACCUGCAACAGAAGAGCGUAUCAGCCACACCUCGAAUGAAGUGCUCUGUCAACAACAGGGUGCUGUAUCAUCAUCGAAUCACCACGUCGUCAAGCAACCCUCAUCAUCGCAGGGGUUGGUUCCGAUCAACGCGGCAGACAGGGCACAGCGUGACAGCGGGCGCACAAGGCCCAUAGCAAUGGAAGAAAGCCCACCACCUCGAACGGAGCAACAAAAGCAGCAGCGCCAUCAGUCGCGUUAUCCUCAACAGCAGCCACCAUCGUCGCCGCCGCCGCUCACUGAUAAUACGACGACUACGAUGAUAUCCCCGUUGCCUCCAGCCCAAGGGACUGGUCACCUUUUGUUAGUCAACAUCACCGUUGUGACACCUGUAAUGUCGUGCUUGGGGCUACCAGAGGAGGUCGAAUUCGACGUCCACUCUGAUGGUCCUGACAUUGAUGAUGGCGAAGACCAAGAAGAAGCACAAGAGCUUAUAUCUCCCUUCUUGGCUGAUGAACAUUAUCUAGAGGAGCCCGCGAGCAUUCAAGGGAGCGUGGUCAGCACAGAAGACGCUACAGAUCAGUUCCAAAGAGGCUGGAGAGUAGACCGUCGCGCCGGCGAUUCCUGGAUGUAUGCUGACGAGUUCAUCGACGAGACGAACGACGAAGCCUUCGAUGGGGCACGUGCUCUAGACCUCCUCCAGCGCCGAGUUGUCCUAGACUAUGGGAGCAAGAAGACUGGAUCGAAGCCGGCGAGCGAGGACGACGACUAUUACCCCGUAUUUCGGCUCGAUUUCGUUAGCAUUAUCGGUCUACCGCGCCGGCCGAUCUGCCGGCCCAGUCACUUCUUUGACAAUAUCACGAUAUCGUUUCGCCAUUGGAGCGCCGCCUAUAGCGCAAAACAUGUGCAAGGCAUCGGUUUCGACCUGAGCGGCCGUACCUUCCGCAUUGCCACCGGUGCUACUCGAGAAGCUUGGUUCAUCGUCAUGCACCCGAGCCAGAGGGCUGCUGGCGCCAGCAACCCCCGUCGACGACACGACACGACACAUACAAGGACUGCACAUACAAGGACUGCUCUCGUGCAAGGCCGUGCUCUGAUGCUCGCAUCGUAUAUCAAAGACAUCUUCCUUGAAGGUGAGCUCCUUGGUGAAGGUGAGCUCCUUGGUGAAGGUGAGCUCCUUGGUGAAGGUGUUGAGCCGAGAUGGGCUCUCGGGGGCAAAGAGACGCAGAUGAUUGCCUUUGACAAAUGGGUCACAUUCCAAACACUAUUUAUGGACGGCUGGACAGGGUUCCUUGAAAGGUUCUCUGCUCAGGGCGACACUUUCUGGACCGGUCAUCAGCCCGCCUUCCACGCGUACGACUAUGGUGCCAACAUCAACAUAGAAGUCAAUGAAGGCAUAGCGAAUCUCGAAGAAGAGACAGUCAUCCGGCCAGCCUAUCUCGAUGAGUCCGAGGACGGUUACGAUCGAGAAAACAGUAGUGUGCCGGCGACACAGCAGGGAUGGGAGGGAAUUGGAGGAGAGGAACGAGAGGAUGGGCCCGACGAGCUAUGGGGCCAACCAACCGUCGAAGUGGAGGAUAACGAUAGUCUGUUCAUGCCAGCGAGGGCGGACGAUGUUGCUUCUCUAAUACCACCUAUACUCAGUCCAGGACGAAUCAAUGCAGAAUAUCGAGGUAAUAAUAAUGGCGAAGCUGACACCGACAGGCCUAAUGGUGAUGACGAGCAGCAACGAAGGUUCCUUGAAUGGAUGAACGAAUCUGAGAACAUUGAUAGGGGCCAGCACAACGGGGCUCAACUACAAGACCAGGAACAUCAGUACGAGAGGCAAGAUAACUUCCAGCAGCAGCCGUUGAGCCCAGAUGCUGAUGAUAACGACGGCGUCUAUCCAAUGCAAGCACCAGACAUCUCACCAUCCAGCCUACCUCCUUCAUCAGAAUCGAUACCAGCAACGGAGGACCAGAGAGAACAUGAUGCGUUGUAUAGUCCCGGCCUGAUGCGGCUGCGUGAGGCCCUUGAGGCGAAGUACAACCUCGACAACAUCAGCCACGUCUCCUAUGCCCUAGCUGUUGAUGUUCACUGUACCGCAACAAAUACCUCUCCUGGUACGGAAGCAAGGGUAAGCCGUCCUGUAUGCUUGCUUGCCGACCGCAACCGUGUGACCGGGGAGUUUUAUGGGAGUAACUACACCUUCUACCCACUCGGCUUCCACCCCGCAUACGGCAACUUCACGUCAGACCGUCCUCCUGCCUUCCUGGAUAGCGACCUGUUUACUGUCAUGAAGGAGAACAUGAGCCACCAGAAUCAGGGUGCCGACGUACUUUCGUUCGGCUUCUUUCAGGGCUAUUCCAACCUGAAACGGUCCAUCCGUCACGGCCCUCAUGACCUACUAGCUAGUCACGGCCUCGCCACAGCUGCACUCACCAUUCCCUCGACGGAGGCUCAACGCACGGCGCGGCUCAAGGACAAGCAGCAGCGACUCCUGGCCCAAGUGAGGGGGCAACUCACACCUGACAACCCUGGCGCGUCGACACCUUUUGCGCGGGAGCGACAAAGGGUCGAAGCAGCCAUGCAAGCCAAUGAGUUUGCGUUCCGAUUCGAGCAGGUUAUUUCCAUCGACACCCAACGGCUCGUGCGCCGUCGUCGAAACUUCAGUAGCGUGCUACAGCCAAUUUUCCAGCUAAUGCGCCUCUUCCUCAAGGAGAAGCAGCUCUAUGCAGGCAUACUUCGGCGUUUCAACCCGAGCAUCUUUCCAGGAGUCAUGGUGGCUUUUGCCAAAGUUGUGGAAGCAGCUAUAGCAGAAAUGGACCGCCGCUUUCGUGAGGCAGGGUCGAAAGGACUGGGCAUGGCUCUCUCCGAAGGCGUCGCUGCCCUCGAUCGACUGGGUAAUUUUUGCUUCACUGGGGAUCCGAGGGUGCUGCCUACCAAGGUCAUGAGGCUCCUUGGAACGAUGGAUAGUCUAAAAAGAUGUGGUUGGCCAUUUAUAUCGCCGCGAAUGUUGGACAUCCGAGAUGGACAAGGACUCGUCAACCUUGUGGGAUGGCCACAGCUGAGCAACGGACGGCCCGUCCUGAUGCAUGUUGCCUCACUAGAAUACCACUACGAUAGAACUGUAGCAUCUAACCGACACAGUCAACUAUGGUUUGCUGAGCUUGGGGGCAGGUCAAUAGACGGGAUGGAUAGGAUGACAACGUUCCUUCAUGAGGUAUUCCAAGAUCUGUGGAUACCAGAGACGGUCGCUUUUAUUGCUCGUCAAGUCCGCCGUGGCUUGAAUCGUGGCAUCCGCAGUGGUGGUAGGAUCGGUGUUGGAGAACAUGGUGAUGUCGGCACGGGCAAUGAGGAGAGCGCUCAGGCGAUGAUCGCUUUAGAAGCCUGGGAGGCACGAGACAAUCCAUUUAAAACCUCAAACUUCGAGAAACUCUCGACGGAAGUACUCAAGUUCGAUGACCGUUCGAUGAUGAAUGAAUCAAAGAUCGUGCUCAAGACAAGACGCGACUUUGCAGAAGAGAUUUUCGUUGCUUUGAUGGAGGGCGGUAGGAAGGGCCACCCAGGAGUCGAGUCUAUCGCACCGACCCACUCAACAUGGCCCUCUAUUCUGCGGGCCGCGAUCCAACACACCAAAGGCAGCUUCGCAACAAGGACUCAGUGGGUCUCAGGUAUCGCAGCUGCCAUGGUAUCUGCGAGCAUCGAAUGGAUCCCUGGCUCUCAUCGCCGGAGGUUGACGCAUCAACAGGUAGUACAACUCGUCGGAACGGCUGCAUCCGCAACUAUCCUCGCGGCUCGACCCAAUAGCCUCAAGAGACGGGCGCUAGAGGCGGAGGCUCGUAGGUCGGUCGAUUCAACUGGCGUCAAGCGAGCGAAGAUCCGACCACGGAUCGAUCUAGGUUCAUCGAGCGCAACCCCCGAGGUUCGGCCCAAUACGAAGUGUUUCAACGUGACAACCAAGAGAAGAGACCCUGCUCUUCUAGCAGCUAACAUGGUGACGAGAAUGCUCUGGUUCCUGCGGCCGGAGGCAUUUCCAUGGGACAAAGAUCGUGAUUCAGUGCUGCGAGUGUCUGAGAUGACAAAGAAAAUCGAGCACAAAGGGGUGAACAACCGAAUGCUUCGAGAAUUGGGUUGGAUAAAGGUCAAAGGCAACCGGGAUAGCCCACGUAACUGCGAGUCGCGUCUUACGCCUAAAGAUGAGCUCUUCAAGCUCCGCAACGACCUGAUAUUUCUUAUGAGGGAGCCGAGAAAUUUUAUUGGCUGCCCCACGGCUACGGGCGGCUCUGUGAGCUUUCUCUCUCUCCCUGGCGAACUUCGAAACACGAUAUACGAAAUUAUUUUACUGCAGUCCGAGCUUAUCGAUCCUUGGAUCAGAUAUGGUUUGCAGGUCCCAACAGGGCUUUUUCGCGUUAGCAAGACAGUCCACCGCGAAGCCAGCUUGCUAUUCUACAGCCAGAAUCGCUUCGACUUUGGUGGACGCGAUCCUGAGAAAUUGGUCUCGUUCCUCCAACAAAUUGGUCCCCGCAACGCAAAUUCCAUCCAACAUAUCGUAAUCGACUUCCCGGAAUUCCUCUAUCUAGACCCAGGCGAUGUUACCAUCAAGGAGAAAAGCCUCAGCAUACUCGGAAGCAUUGUGAGCAGCUGCACUGGUUUGAUCACGCUUAGGACGUCCUUGUAUAGUACAAGUGACAUGGAACUCAGGCUUGACAAUCUGGACCACUACAGCCUUGCUACUGAGGCACUGCAUCUUGUCGAUACUCACUUUAGAGCUAUACCUUCUCUAUCGGAGAUCAUUCUUGAGGUACAUGAAGAUGGGCCGAGUGAUUGUCUAAGAAAGAGAAUGGAGAAUUAUGGAUGGAUACUCAGCAAAAAUACUGUUACGGAAGAAGAGUGCUGGGACAGUAGGUUCAGUGAUCUUGACUUUGAUGAUUAUGGCUAUGACUAUGAUGACGAUGAUGAUUAUGGUGAUUAUGACAUCGAUAAUGAUAGCGAUUUUUGGAGAAGAGCCGCAGACUAA